AAAAUCUGGUCCCAAUGAAAUAUCACAUGCCCAAUAAUUUAGGACUUUUGCUAUAUACAGCAGCGCUUGUACUGUUCAAAUUUUUUUCUCUUUCUAUAUCCCAACUUUUUUUUUAAUAUAUAUUUUCUUGAAUAUCCUCCCUCUCUUUUCUCUCUCUUUUGGAAGAAAAUUCAACUUUGAACAAUGAGAUAUUUGAUUCAAUCCACUUCCAAAGCAAUCAAGUUGUGUUCAAAUGUGAAGCAUUCUUUCACUUCCGUUAACCUGUCCUCUCACCUGGUCAGAUGUCUUAGUGUUGAUGCAUCAGUGGAUUCAACUUCAGAAAGCAGAAAAUGUUUCAAAGGACAUGAUAUGCUGGCACCUUUUACGGCUGGAUGGCAAUCAACUGAGACAAGUCCACUGGUGAUAGAAAAAUCUGAGGGUUGCUACGUGUACGAUAUCAAUGGCAAUAAGUAUCUUGAUUCUCUUGCCGGCCUGUGGUGCACAUCUUUAGGAGGAAAUGAGCCUCGACUUAUUGCUGCUGCAAAUGCACAGUUGAAUAAAUUGCCGUUUUACCAUUCUUUCUGGAAUAGGACUACCAGAGUGUCUUUGGAUCUUGCUGAGGAGCUUAUAGGGACUUUUACAGCAAGAAAAAUGGCGAAAGCCUUCUUUGUUAAUAGUGGAUCGGAAGCCAAUGAUACUCAGGUGAAGCUUGUUUGGUAUUACAACAAUGCCCUUGGAAGACCAAAUAAGAAAAAAUUUAUAGCCCGUUCGAAAUCAUACCAUGGUUCUACUCUCAUUGCCGCUAGCUUAUCAGGGCUUCCUGCCCUGCAUCAACAAUUUGAUUUGCCGGCUCCUUUUGUUUUGCACACGGAUUGUCCUCACUAUUGGCGUUAUCAUCUUCCAGGUGAAACGGAGGAGGAGUUUGCUACGAGAUUGGCAAAUAAUCUAGAGAACCUUAUUCUCAAAGAGGGGCCAGAGACGAUUGCUGCCUUUAUUGCUGAGCCUGUCAUGGGAGCUGGAGGUGUGAUACCUCCUCCGGCAACAUACUUUGACAAGGUUCAAGCAAUAGUGAAGAAAUAUGACAUUCUUUUUAUAGCAGAUGAGGUUAUCUGUGCUUUCGGAAGACUUGGAGAAAUGUUUGGUUCGGAUAAAUACAAUCUCAAACCAGAUCUUGUCUCUCUUGCCAAGGCUCUAUCUUCUGCUUACAUGCCCAUCGGAGCCGUUCUUGUGAGCCCUGAAAUCUCAGAUGUUAUAUAUUCUCAAAGCAAUAAACUUGGUUCCUUUUCUCAUGGAUUUACAUAUUCUGGGCAUCCGGUUUCAUGUGCUGUUGCUCUCGAAUCACUGAAAGUGUACAAAGAAAGAAAUAUUGUUGAGCGAGUUAGAAAACUUACACCAAAAUUUCAAGAUGGAUUGAAAAGUUAUUCUGACAGUCCGAUCAUUGGGGAGAUAAGGGGAACUGGCUUAAUUAUCGGAACUGAAUUCACAGAUAACAAGUCGCCAAACAAUCCAUUUCCUUCCGAAUGGGGCAUAGGUGCAUACUUCGGGGCACAAUGUCAGAAGAAUGGAAUGCUAGUUCGUGUGGCCGGUGAUAACAUCAUGAUAUGUCCUCCCCUUGUAAUCUCGGAGGAAGAAAUGGAUGAGUUAAUCAGCAAAUAUGGGAAAGCAUUAAAGGCUACCGAAGAACGAGUGAAGGAGUUAAAGGCUACGAAGUAGUGAAGUAUCGUCCUCGUCUGGUUGAUAAUGGCGAAAAAAAUAACUUCCAACCUUUUCCUUCCAUUGAUAAGGAAAUAAGUUAAAGAUGAUAACCAUCAUAAGGGUUUUUAUGUAUUUCAAAUAAAUAAAUAAAUCAUUACAUAACCAUUAUUUAUCAGGAUUGAAAUAAUGUUGCAACUAAUUUGGGCUUAGGAAAAAUGAUGGCUGUGUUUUAUGUUAAAUAUUUCCCAAGUAGAAAAAUAAAGCUAGUAUUGAUAUUAAGAAGUAUUCAUUAUUAUAGAUUGGUAUUGAACUACUUUUCUGUUU